CUUGUCAAAAAUCGUCAUUUCAGCUGUCACGACAUGGGUUGUUUUCGCUUUAUUUUUGUUAUUGUUUAAAUUAAAUUUCAUAUAUUUUAUACACACAUAAAAAUUGAUUUACCUUUGGAAAUAGUGUGUAAUAGUACAAUCAUGGCUCUGAGAAUUGCUGGAUGGUUUGGCCUCAUCUCCGUAAUUAUAACUGGAUUGUUUGGCUUUGGCUGGUACUUUACUUUUCUUUCGUUUCUUCUGUCCUUUUCGAUAGGAGUUUUAACAAUUUUAUAUUAUGAUUAUGAUCAUAAAAAAAUAUUCCCUGUUGAUAUUGACUUCCUUGAUGAUCCCUUACAACAAACCAACUUUUCCAUACAGCUUCCUAAGGUCAUUGAGUUAUUCAAGAAAGAUGCACCAUUGCCCAGAUUCGACAGCAGGAUAACAGGCAGUGAUAUAGUUGACUCAUUAAUAAAUGAAAUUAUAGCAAUAAUUAUAAAUGAUUAUGUUACACCCUGGUAUGAAAUGUUAACUGAUGAUGAGGAAUUUACAACAUAUUCUAUUAAUCGCCUGAUUGUAGCAACUGGGGCUAAUAUAGCAAAUAGAGUAAAAUGUGUGGACUGGACUCAUUUACUUUCCACAAGGUUUCCAGAAGAACUGACAACCCAUUUGAAGCUCUUCAAACAAUCCCGCGUGAGAUUGAAACACAUACAGGUGCAGAGUAGUAAAGAGAAAGAUAUGACAAAUGGUAACACCCGUGCGAGUCCCAAACGUAUGGACGAGAAGAAGACUCACAGACGUAAUAAAAGUGAUACUGACUUGUCUUGGCCACCCGAUACUCAAACGGUCGGAAAGUCGAAGUUUUAUGACAGCGCUGAGAAUUUGAGCGCCAAAUCGUUGAUAGAUUUAUUCUUUGAUUUAGAAUGUUCAAUUGAGAAUAAACAAUUGUGUCGCGAUGUCUUUUGCAUAGACACAGAAAAAGAGUAUGCUUUACUUUGCGAGGUGUCAGAAGCAGUUUUGUAUCUGGUGGCUCCGGAGGAAGCAUGGAAAUGUCAUUCGUUGAAGUUAAUAUUAAUUGAGUUGCUGUCAGCGGUGGUUCUUCAGCCACUUCUGAGUCUUCUUAGUGACCCGGAUAAUAUUAAUAGGGCGAUUAUCCAAAGUUGUGUUCGGGACUCUUGUCUGCCCUCAGAGUUGUUCCUGUUAGUAAUAAGGAGUUGCACUGACGGCGAGGAGCUGGACGCCACUCUAGAACUUGUACAAAAGGAUAUACAGAAACUUCAUUCCAAAGACAGUGCUGGUGAAUGGGAGCUGCAAGACCGACAAAAGUUGUCUUCAUUGAGAUAUGUGGCGAGGACCAUCCAGGCCCGCCGAGCGAUUUUGGGACCUCAAGAAGGAGCAGCAAAUAAUAGCAAUGUAGAGAAAAUGUCGGAGGAAGUGGCGAGGUCCUUGAAAUUCCUGAGAGCCACCACAGCGUGGAAAUCCAACGCGCAAUAUUUGUUGGAAAUUGAAGUUAAUGAAGCAGACGAGCCAUACACAUCAAAAGCGGUCAUAGACAAUCUCCGUUCAUCAGCGUUAGAACUCUGCGAUCUAUACCUGGCACCAAACAAACCAAGCAUUAUGGGGAUACCGGAGAAUUGUUACUCGGAGCUGGUGAGGAAGAUUACCAUGGAAGGUGAAGAAUUUACGAAUAACCCGGCCACGUGCUUCGAUGAGGUACAGAAGUGUGUCUGCGUUGCUUUAGAGGAUGACCCCUCUUGGCAAUCUGAUCUCAUGAUGGAAGAAGAACCUACGGAAAGAAAUACCAGUGAAGUGAAAAAGGACGAAAAAUCCGAUGGCAAGAAGUACGCUGAUAAAUGUAAGAAGAUUGUCAAGACAUGCCUCACGCAACUGCCGAAGCUGUUCAAAUCCAAGUACAAGUACGACGUGCCCAGGGCCUCGACCUUUCCCCGCGUGUUGUCGCGAAAGUACACAAGUAACAAGAACCACACGCUGCCUAAAUGCUUUGCUGAUACAUUACCAGUACCCGGGACAAGGCACAACCGAUCUAGGUCUGAUAUUGUCGGCAAUUUCGCACAGAAGAUGGUCAAUGAAAGCGCAGGGCCCUCAAGUUUGCUAUCAGUGAAUGCAAGCAAUCUAUCAGUAUCUCACUCAGAAAUUAGUCAAAAAACAAAGAAUAUGAUGUCGCCCCUAUCAGCGACUAUAAUUGAAACAGCUUUGGGCCAACAUAAAGGUCGCACGUAUGGCAUUUAUGCGAUCCAGGUGAAGAGGCUAUCAGACAAUGUCGUGUGGCACAUUUAUAGAAGAUACAGCGAUUUUUAUGAUCUCCACACUUCUAUCAAAGAGAAGUGGUCCGAACUGGGCAACCUCCCGUUUCCUGCAAAGAAGACCUUUCAAAACACAUCUAGAUCAGUGCUGGAAAGUCGUAAACACAUGCUUAACAGCUACCUUCAGAAGUUGACCAACCUGUCCAGGGAGUCGAGGUAUAUGACACUGCUGUCAAUGGACUAUUUGGGGGGGUUUUUGAGUCCGGAAAAUCAGGCUGAGCGACACAGCAACGCAAUCGAUGCCCUGAUUGUGAACCCGUUGCGAGCUGGUAUGCGGACCUUGAAGAAUAUGCCGGAUCAGUUUGUCAACACUGUCGACGGGGUCAUGGAUGGUAUAUCCAAAGUGUUUCAAGGCAAAAGCGACAGUCAUUACGAUGGUAUACGUAGCGGGAACAGUUCCGAUGGGCAGGACGAUGGCGAUGAGAGCGUAGCCCUGCGGCUUUUGGAAGAGGUGUUGGGCAUUCGAGGGUUGUGGCUGCGGCGGCGACUGCUUGCUCCGCUCCGCACGCUCAUAUCCGACCGGGUCAACAAGAAAGUGUUGGACCUAGUUUCGUCGCUAACAUCACCGCGAAACGUAGUGAAAUAUUUAAAAAAAUUCAAGCAAUGGCUGAUGAAUCGCAACAACACUAGUUACAUGGACAGAGACUGCGCGACGAAGGCGAGGACGCGGGUCGCGGCUAAAGUUGCUUUGCUCUCUGCUUGUUCAGAUGAUUUGCGGCAUAUAGUCGGGUCGGACACGGCUCGCAGGGGACUGUUGAAUCUGUUCGAUCUGUUCCAAACGGAGGAAAUUAAUAGGCGGCUUAUUUACGUCUUGUUUGAAGCUAUAUUAACAAACCUGUUUCCUGAUAAUAACAUCCCUGAACUAUUCAAAAGAUUAUACUCAAAUUCCUCAAGAGUACCUCCACAAAAAAGGUCGGUGAAUGUAUGAUAAUGUUUACAGAAAUUAUACUGGUCAUAUUUAUAUAUUUAUUGAAAUGUAAAUCGUAGGCUGUCGUUAACUUUCAACGUUAAUUGUUAGCUGAAUAAUAUACAACGAAUAGAAUAAUUUUAUUUACAUAUUUAUUUUAUGGUGUUUUCCGAGUAAUUAAAUGAUAAUAUUUUUUAUAACGCGGCCUACAUUUUAAAACAUACGUGUGCCAAGAUAAUUAAUUGAGAUUAGAUAAAAUUAUAUGUCAAAGUUAGUGAUAAAAAUUGAUCUUAAUAAUGUGGAUUAGUAGAAAAUUCGGUAGUAUUUACUUAUACAAUUUUCUUAAUAAACCUCUGAAAUUGAUUUUGUUGUGCAAAAUCAUAGUUUAUCAGUAUUAUAUUGGCUAAAUUUUCAAUAUUUAAUUUAUAUCUUUACCACUUCAAUGUUUUUUACUUGAGCACACUAUUUUUAAAUCCGUCUUAAUUCUUGGGCCAUUUUUAGAGGCUAGAUUUAAUGAAAUGUAAUAUUAUUAUGUACUGUAAUAGGUAUAGUUUUAUUUCUACGAAGUGUAACAAUUGGCACCGCCAGUUAUGAUAAAUUAAUACCUAAAUUACAUUUACCUGUGUAUUUGUACAAAAGUUACUAAUUUAGGUAAACAUUUUAGUGAAAUUUACAAUAGCUUAAUUGUACAAUGUGUGAAUAUCGGUCGAAAAAUCAGUAAGUUAGUAAUUGUUGGUAAAACACAUUGUGUAUUUUUUAUUUGUAUUUUCAGUAAUAUUAACAUUAUUUUGUCCAUUAUUAAUACUAUUUUAAAAGAUAUAGAAUUAGUUUUAUGUCUCCUAAUGUUUGUCAAAAAUGUAGAUAUUUUAGUAUUUAUUAAAGUACUGAAAUACGUUUUAAAGGGACGUUAUUUGCCUUUAGAAAAGUAAUUAUUAAAUUAUUUAUUUUAAUAUAUACAAAUCAAUCAAAGUAAAAUCAUCUUUGUAAUUAAAAUUAAUUUAAACUUAAUAGCAUCUUAAUGUCAUAAUUUAGUUCAGUGUCCCGUUUUUUGUAAAUGUUACGUAAGUAUUACUAAAUAUUGAAUGUAUUAGAUACACUUAACAUUUUAUUCCUACACAGCUAAACUAAUAAUGAAAUUAAGCAUUAAUUUGUUAAAAUUCACAAUGUUGUUUAUCUUUUUGUAACCGCUGUAUGGGAGCAUCUUGGGAGUCCACUGAAAGAAUUGUGAACUGCUAAAAUUAGCCUGUUAAAAUACUUAUAAAGCCCAUUUUUAAUUUCCUAUAUUUUUUUUACUUAUAGUUAGCACACAAAAUGGUACCUAUGUAUUGUUAGUAGUUGAGGCUAUGGAAUUGAUAAAUACAUUGUAGAUUUUUAUAUAUAGUAAGAUAAGAUUCCAAUAAUAAAAUUUUAAUAUUUAUUCAUAUACUAAUCAUAUUUCAAUGUGUAACCAUAUUCUGUAUAAAAGUGGUAUCCCACCGGACAUUGUUUCGCCUACAGAGAAAUUGUUUCUUGAAAAUUGAAAUUUUCGGUAAAUUUUUAAAUAUGUUUGAUUAAUUAAAAUUAUUUAUAACCAUAUAAAUAGACGCCGUAGUGAAAUGAUUUUUGUUAUUCAUGAAAUUGUUGCAUGUAUAAUGAUUACAAUUAUAAAAAGGUGAAGUCCAUUUUUUUCGUUGUUCUUCUUAUUUUAAAUGAGACAGUAAUUUAUUAAACGUAAAAUUGUAAUAUUUCGUGUUUUAAACAAUGCAUACUACAGCAAUAAUACUGAAGGAAUAUUAAUUGGUAAUUUACAUAUCAAUAUUGUUGUUGGUUGGUUGUUUGUUAAAUAUGAUAGAGUUUAUACAUUCCACUGUUCAUGCAGCUCCAAUGCCUUUGUUUAUAAUGUGUAAUUUAUGUUAUAAAUUACGGCUGUAAAAUAAAAGUAUCUCU